CGCACCAUGAGCCAAGGCAUCCCCACGAAAGCCUACAUCUCAGGCAGCUGGAGCGCGGGCGGGGGGGGCACCUUCCCCGUCUACGACCCCGCCACUGGAGCCGAGAUUGCACAGGUAGCCGACUGCACACCCGAGGACGUCGCUACGGCUGUGGACGCGGCCUCGGAAGCCUUCAAAACUUGGCGUCUGACGAGCCCCAAGGAGCGCGCCGCCGUCUUGCUGCGCAUCAGGGACGGACUGAACAGCAGCAAGGACGCCAUCGCCACCAUCCUCACCAGGGAGAAUGGUAAGCCGAAGGGCGAGGCCGCGGGGGAAGUGGGGUUCGCUGGGUCCUUCUUCGAGUGGUUCGCCGAGGAGGGUCGAAGGCAGUACGGCGAGACGGUCCCCAGCCCCGCCGCCUCCAAGCGCAUGGUGACCGUCAGGCAGCCCGUGGGCGUCGCUGCGCUCAUCACGCCCUGGAACUUCCCCAUCGGCAUGAUCGGCAGGAAGGUCGCUGCCGCCCUAGCCGCUGGAUGCACCUGCGUGAUCAAGCCCGCGGAAGACACGCCCCUCACCGCCCUUGCGUUCGCGAAGGUCUGCGAGGAGGCUGGCGUUCCUGCAGGAGUGGUGAGCGUCCUUCCGUGCUCCAGGAGUCGCGUCCAGGCCGUGGGAGCCGCCCUUUGUGACUCGCCGAAGGUCCAGGUUCUCUCCUUCACCGGAUCGACGGCCGUGGGGAAGUGGCUCUACCAGCGCUGCGGAUCGACUAUCAAGAAAAUCUCCCUUGAACUGGGUGGAGACGCGCCGUUCAUCGUCUUCCCGAGCGCCGAUGUCGGGAGGGCGGUGGAAGGGGCGAUGGCGGCCAAGUUCAGAAAUACUGGACAGACAUGCGUCUCUGCCAACCGCAUGUUCGUGCAUGAGUCCGUGCAUGACGAAUUCGUAAAGCAGUUGGCCGAAGCCGUGGACAAGCAGUUGAAAUCCGGACACGGUCUGGAAAAUGGCGUCAAUCAAGGACCAAUCAUCAAUCAACGACAAUUCGAUCGGUUGGUCAAGAUGACAGAGGAGUCUAUCGCAGCUGGAGCAAAGGUGGUUCGAGGAGGAAAACCUGGAGGAGGACUUUUCUACCCUCCAACCCUCCUCACGGGCGUCACCCUCAACAUGCCGGUGGCGAAGGAGGAAAUUUUUGGUCCCGUGGCCGCCAUCUUGAAAUUCCGCGAGGAGGAGGAGGUCGUCCAACUUGCCAACGCUACCAAUAUGGGCUUAGCGGGCUACUUCUACACGGGCGACGUGUCUCAGGCAUGGCGCGUGGCAGAGGCGCUGGAGGUGGGUAUGGUAGGCGUGAAUGAGCCGAUGGUAUCCACGUGCGAGUUGCCCUUCGGAGGCGUCAAGCAGUCUGGUCUGGGCAAGGAGGGCUCCCUGCACGGCCUCGACGAGUACACGCACCUCAAGUACAUCUGCUUCGGGAUCUAAACUCGCGUUCUCUUCCUCCCUGCCUUUUCAGUCUGCUUCUCCUCGCGCCUGUUUCUUUGUAUGAGUGUCUGCAUCUCAGUCUCCAUUCCCUUUAGUAUCUCCUCUCCUCUUUCCUCUCUUCUCUUUUCUCCUCUCCUCUCUUUUCUCUCCCCCUUCUCCAAAAUAAAAAGAGUUCCCUUCA